UUCCUGUCAAGACAAGUGCUUGACAAUCGUGGCUGAUUGAUUGGCUACGAUGGGAGAAGGAAACACUGGAGACAUAAACGUGCAGCUUGGAACUUACUCGGCAUUCUCAAACAUCGUUGGUUACCGAAGAAAUAGGUUCAUACCUGAAGACCAGUUCUGGGGGGAGUCGAAUCGCCUACUCUGCUUUUGACGUUUACGAAUCACAGUGUGAUCUUGUUUGCAACGGGACGAAGGUGUUGAAAAAAUCGUCGUGCUGAGAAAGCGGGUGUGACGCGGUGGAUCUGGCGGGCCAGAGCCUAUUUUUUCUUAAGUGGAGUUGCGAGGAAUGGGCUGCUGCCGCAACCGCAGGCAGGAGUCAGGAGCUGCAGGAAGGAAAGAGUCCCGAGUUGCCUCAGUGCGGUGUCGAAUGCCCAUCUGCUCAUGUGCUUUUGGGAAUUCUGUCGUAUUGGUGUACUUAUUCUCUUCGUCACAAGACCGAGUCCAAAGGCAUCGACUUCUCACUUAUGGACGGGUUUGUGGAUCAUAAAUACCUCUGGCGCUUCCAUUUGCCAAGUCCUCGGAGCCCAAAGACCUGGAGCUCCUGGAUUCCUCCUUUUUCUUAUGGGGGCCAAGUGGCUCUAUACCUUCUCCUAGGACAGGAGAUUUAUACAGAUAAAAUCUUGUCAGAUCUGUGCGCAGGGCGUUACAGCGAUCAGAGAAAGACAGAAAAAAAAUUGCUUGUCGACAUUGUCGACAAUAGGCGGAAGCGGAUUUGGAAAUUUCGAAAUCGCACAUUCGGAUCAAAAGUCUGUCUCUAGAAUAUUCAGAGAAAAUUUUGGGUGAUAGAAAUCGGGUGACCACACUGUUUCAAAAAAUGAUCUUGCAUCCCAUUCUUGGUUUGGCCUUUUUUCUCUUGAUUCUGUCCGUGACAGUGCAAGGGGCAGUGAUUGAAUUCAAUUGGACUGUAAAUUAUCUCCGAUGGGCUCCAGAUUGUGUAGAUAAACUGGUAAUUGCAAUAAAUGAAGGUUUCCCUGGGCCAACUAUCAAUGUAACGGAAGGGGAUACGAUCAAAGUGAACGUUCUGAACAAAUUGCCCACAGAGGGUAUUGUCAUUCAUUGGCAUGGAAUGCAUCAGAAAGGAACGCCGUGGGCCGAUGGUACAGCCUUCGUGUCUCAGUGUCCGAUAGGGCCGGGCGAAGAAUUCUUGUACGAAUUCGUCGCUGCUCGGGUUGGAACAUACUUUUAUCAUGGUCAUCAUGGUAUGCAACGGGCAGCAGGAUUCUAUGGUGCACUAAAUGUACAUCCAAGGAAUCGGACGGUGGAACCUUUCAAAUACGACAAGGAGUAUACAAUUUUGCUCAACGACUGGUGGCAUAAAUCUGUCCACGAACAGGAAUAUAACCUCCUGGCCGACAGUUUCAAAUGGGUCGGAGAACCCCAGUCACUGCUCAUCGGAGGUCGAGGGGCGUACAACUGCUCGAAGGUGCCAAACUUUCCAGGUGCGAGCAGUGAUACCGGAGACUUCGUCAAAUGUAACAGCUCCAGCCCUCAGUGCGUUCCUUUCAGCAUUACGGUUGAUCCCGGUAAAACAUACAGACUGCGAAUCUCCAGUGUCGCAUCGUUGGCGGCGUUGAAUUUUAUUCUAGAGGGUCAUGUUAUGACAGUAGUGGAGGUAGAUGGACAUUAUGUGAAGCCAGUGGUGGUGGACAAUCUGGACGUGUACUCGGGAGAGAGCUUCUCGGUGUUGUUCACAGCAGAUCAGGAUCCUUCGAGGAACUACUGGGCCGGAGUAAACGUCCGCGCCAGGCUUCCGUCAACACCUACGGGAGUGGCUGUAUUGAGCUACAAUCCCAACGACCCUGGCAUGUUGCCCACCACGCCGCGACCUGUCAGUCCAGCCUGGAACGACUUUGCUCUGAGCAUGAGCAAGGCGAAACAGUACGUCGCUCAUCCUGAUUUCAAGGAGCCCCUGCCACAAAAGGCCACGGACAGACACUUGUUCCUACUCAACCUCCAGAACACGUGGAAAAAUGGCAGAAGGUGGUCCGCCAACAACAUCUCGUUCGUUCCGACAUCCACUCCGAUUCUGGCCGCCUACAAAUACAACUUGAUGGGCGAAGCGCCUGCCUCUCCUCCUGAUUCCUACCCGACCGACUACAACAUCAGCGCCCCACCUCCCUUUCCGGAAGCUAAUGAAGGACAUGCCGCGUACGAGUUCAAUCUGGGCGACGUCGUUGAUGUGAUAAUUCAGAACGCGAAUUCACUGACGGCGAGUAACAGCGAGAUCCACCCUUGGCAUUUGCACGGACAUGAUUUUUGGCUGCUGGGUUACGGAAAUGGGAAAUUCAAUGUGUCCACUGAUUACGCGACAAUGGACACUUCACAAGCUCCCCGACGCAACACUGUCCCAGUUUUCCCGUGGGGUUGGACUGUGAUCCGAUUCGUAGCCGAUAACCCCGGCCUUUGGCCGUUCCAUUGUCACAUCGAGCCGCAUCUCCACAUGGGCAUGGGUGUCAUUUUUGGUGAGGGUCUGAACCAGUUGCCAGAUAUGCCGAAGAGAACUUUGGGCUGUGGCCUUACUAAAGAUAACUCGAACAUUGGAAUCUAGUUUAAACCCAAUUUUCCCUUUCAUAGUGUAACAUAGCGUCAGUUAUCUUAGUGUAAUAUUAUAUUGAGCAAAUCCGAUGGUGGUCCGGGCAGUUACAACGACACUGAGCAUUGAUUGGUGGAAUUUUCUGUCAGGAAUUUAGACGAAGCGUGCAGUUCGAUAUAGAUAUACAUUCAUUUCGUUUCUGCUCAGAAUGCUUGUUGCAGUGAAGUUACCGGCGAAAUGUAGAAACAACGCAUCGAGUUUCGUUAUCUCAUGAUUGACACGAAGAAUCUACGUAGUGCAAUGAGGGUUUUCGAAUGUGUUUGCCCACAAAAUCCUGGA